AUGUCCGGCGUGCCGAGGGCCGAGGGCGGCGCGGAACUGCGCGGUAAGCGCGACGCCGAGGGCGACGGCGGCGAGACCGCGCCCGCCACCGCCCGAGGGGAAUCGAAGGGAGACAGCGGGGGAGGGGGCGGUUCCCUGGGAGAGCGGCGCGGGGGCAAAAUCGCGGGCGGCAUCCUCCUUCGCGACGGUGGCGGCUCGGGUUCCAGCGACCACGGCACGCGCGCGGCGCAGGCGCUGCUCGAGGCGCACGGCGGCGUGUGGCUCGGCCUUCUCCGGCUCUCGGACGAGCCGUGGAGGCCGAUAACCGCGAGGGGGCUGCGCGAGGAGGACCUGAGACGCGUCGGUUCGGGCGAGGGAAACUCGUCCCGAGAGACGUCGCUCUCGGACGACGUCAGCGGCAGCGGCAACGACGAAAACCCGGAGGUGACGAUGGACUCGCAGGGAGAACCCGCGGGCCCGGCGACGAUGUCAGGCGACGGCGGAUCCGUCGUCGGCGAGGACGAGGACGAGGCCGCGACCGACGACCGGCCGGAGAACCGCGGAGAACACACACAGAUCGCGUCAAAAAAUCGAACCCGGUCGACGGGCGGCUCCGGCCGGGGGCGCUCCGACUCGCCCCACGCGCGCACCGCCGGAGAAGGACCGAUCCCUCGCGAGCACGGCAGGCACACGCGCAAACGACGCACCAGCAAGUCCGAGAGCCGCAAGGGGUCCUUCUCAGGCGCGGGUUUCCUCGACGCGAGAUCGGGCAGAGCCGGCGCGGCGAGGGGCCUCGGUGGCGUCUCCGGCGAGUCCGUUCCGCUCAUCUCGUGCCCGAUGAUCGCGCGCCCGCCACCGGGGGACGCGGGGAUCCCGGGAACGGAGCGCGGGGAGGGACAGGCCAGGGCUGCCGCGGCCGGGAGCGCCAUGCCCGACGUCAUGGAGGCGUGCCUGGUGCGCCCAAUGUCCGACGGAUGGCCGGACGCGUGGAACCCCGUCGCGCUGCUUCGACUCUUCCCGUCGAGCGCCGACCCGGACGCUGGAACCGCGUUUGAUAAGCUGAGCGAGGUACUGACCCCGAGGGAGGACGACGAAGGAGGACUCCCGGAGGAGGGAGACGAGGCCGAGACCGGCAGACAGGGAGGAGGAGGAGGAGGAGGAGGAGGAGGAGGUUUUGGUGGGGAGAAAAUUGGGGGUUUUGGUCCGGCGGGCUGCGGCGACGCCGCGGGCGGCGGCGACGACUCCACGCGCGCGCAGCUGGCUCGAAGGUCCGAGUCGAAAUCCCCGCGUCUCAAGUCGCCCGAAGCGUCCGCGGACGGCGGCGGCGUGGUUGGAACGGAUCGAUCGAUCGGACCGACUGGCAUGGACGUCGACGACACCGGGUCCGUGCACAGCGGCGGGAGCAUGGCCGGGAACACCGGCGGCCCGGUGUCCGAAACCGGGCCCGCGAUGCGCCUCGCCGCCGCGCGCGUCGAGCUGGAGGGUGGGUACGUCGCGUUCGUCGUUUCCGACGAGUUGCUCCCGGCGGACGUGCGACGGUCGGUGGCGGCGGCGGGCGGUGGAGCGCCGUCGAACACAGCUGGCGCGGCUGGGGAUCCGUCUGGCACAGCUGGCACAGCCGUAGCCGGCGGGGACGCGUCGGAGGGGUCCGACGGCGGAUCCGGGAAAUCCUCCGGCACCGCGGAGGCGCUCGGCGCGGAGAAGAGCGGCGACGUCUCCGAAUCCGUCGGAUUGGAGAGGCGACAACAACACGGCGGCGGGGUGGAGAGGGCCCCGACGACGGCGCCCGCGCGGACGCUCAAGGAUUUGCUCGGCGACGCCGCCGCCCGUAGCGGCGCGAAGCGACCCCGCGCCAGGCCGGGCAUCGCCGCGGUGCGAGCCGCGCAGUCGGCGAACCUUCGAAAGCGCCCGCUGUGGGUCAUCGUGCAGAGCGACGAGCCGCACGCGCCGCACGAGGCGUCGCAGACCCCGGUGCCCGCUCCCGACGUCCGCCCCACUCGGGGCAUCCUGCGGCACAGGCACUCGAAGCCCCCCCAGUACGGACUCCUGUCCUCCAGGCACAUGCCCGGGCACCAGACCCCGCCGCCGUACGGCAGGUCCUCGUCCGAUAUCAUCGCCGGUCACGUCGCCGGCGGCGCCCUGGAUCAGAGGGUACCGCCCAACUGGCUCGCCGCCGACGGCACCGUGGGUCUGUCCUCCCCCGGUCGCAAGACGGGCGAAGAGUUUGAUCACGAGGAAUUUCACUUCAGCGACGACCCGGGCUCGUCCCCCGACAUUCACUCCGGCGUAUCCUCCGGCGAAUCGUCCGGCGACGAGGGUUUGUCGGGGGACGAGGGCAGCGACGAAGGGCGGGACCCGCUGAGCACGACGGCGGCGUCUGAACGCCAUCUGAACGCAAUCGAAUCGUGGGGACGGAGCUCCGCGGACGCUCCCCACGUCGUGGGCGGGCUGGACGCGGCACACGGCGCGCACGGCCAGGUGGUGAGCGGUGACGGCACGAGCGACGGGAGCGACGGUUUGCUCGUCGCGUCGCCGCUGCCGACGAUCCCCGUCCCACCCUUACCGGUUGUGCCGGACGGGCAUACCGUGGGAUCCGGGGUUGACGGCGCCGGAGUCGACGGCAUCCCGAUAUCCGCGCCGAUAUCCAACCCGCCCCCGCCGGAUAUGAUGGGCGACGACGAUGGAUCCCCCGCGACGACGGGGGGGCUUCGCGACGGAGCGCCGGACGGCGGCGGCGGGCGCGACGCCGUCGGAGUCGGCGCGAUUGAGAGGCCCGCGAUGAACGUCCCGCCGGUGCCCAUCGACGGGAUGCGGUUCGGGCUCCUCGGGUUUGACGUCGCGCACUCUCACAUCCAACGCCUGCUGUCGACCGCGGAGUCGAGGGGGGCGCUGUUCGUGGCGCAUCCCACGCCGGACAGCGUGGACCUCAUCGUGAUGCACCCGCCGUUCCUGCCCAUGCUGGGGUCGCCCGCUCUUCCGUUCACCGUGGGUGAGUUUUUAAGGCGAAGGAGCGUGAGGUUCGCGCUGGGUCUGAGGCACCUGGAGCUGUGCCUGGAGCAGAACAGGCGGCUGGAUCCGAGGAGGGAGACGCUGGAGGUGUUCCCCGCGGGGGUGCUGCUGGUGGUGGACGAAAGCGCGCUGCUGAGCAGCGACGGCGUGAUCGAGAGGCUGGCCAAGCUCCUGGGCCAAGCCGCCGCGGCGGCGGCUGCCGCCGCCGCCGCCGCCGGCGAGUUCCACUACGGCGCGUCCGGCGUCCGCGAACCCCCGCCGUGGCCGUGGGCCAUCAAGGUGCACCAGCAGAUCUUCAACACGCUCGUGCUCCAGAAGAUCAAGGCGCAGCGCGCGCCCGCGCUCCCCACCCCCGAGGGCAACGCCGCGCGAGAGCAGGCGGUGUAUCGCAUCGAGAGCGUGCUGAAGGCUCUUCACAACCUCCGGCAGCAGGGCGACCGGUCCGUCCGCGCCGCCAGGCUGCUCGGGAUCACGUCCGAGGAGGCGUGCCGCAACGACAUCGACGAUCCGCCCCAGCCCGUGCGUGACGCCGUGAAGAUCGCGGCUAAGCACGCCGCGCUGUGCCGCGUCGUCUUUCUCGUGUCGGAGGAUCAAAAGUCGCUCGCCGCCGCGCGGCAGCAACGAUCCAUCCUGUCCGGCGGCGUCGACGCCGCCGCCGCCUUCCUCGAGGAGCUCAUCGCGGAGAUGUGGAGCGAGACGGUGACGGCGUCCGCGAAGCCGUGGGCCAACGGCGUGGGUUCCAGCGCCCGAGGGAGGGAGGGACGCGGCGACGGCGCGGAUUCUCACAACGGGGGUGGGAGGAACUCCUCCUUCGACGGGACAGCCGGCGACGCGUCGGACCGCGAGGGACCGGACCCGUAUGGAGAGGUGGUCGGUCGCAAGAAGGGCAAGACGGACGGUCGCGGGUCCUUCGUCGACCCGGCGCCUCCGGGCUCCCCCGACAGCAGGGCGGCGAGGGCGGAGGGGGACUCGGAUCUACGCAGCGGCGGCACGGAUUCGGGGGGCGAAAACGACGGGAGCCUGGCGAGCCUCGGCGGGGGGUCCAUCGCGGACGGCGCGUGCUCGGGGGACGAGGCGGGAGGUCCCGCGAUCGAACCCGGCGGUGGGCAAAAGGAACCGAGGGGCGGCGGCGACGGCGGCGCGACGAACGGCUCGUCCGGCGGCGGCCACGGCGGCCACCACCACCACCACCACCACCACCACCACCACCACUCGAGUCAGCACUCGGGGCACCACUCGGGGCACCACCACCGCUCCCCCAACCACCACCACCACCACGGGCACCAGCACCACGCCAGGCACGAGGGUCACUUCACCCCGGGCACCGACCACGCCAUCUCCCCGGGGCGAAGGUCCACCGCGAGGCACUCCACGCAAGCCGUCGCGCUCGGCGGCGAGAACGAAAAGGGAACAGCCGCCGCCGUCGCGAACGCGCGACUGUUUGCGCGUCGAGAUCAUUUCUAUCCCGACGGGGGCCGCGGGGGUUCCGGGAGAGGCACUCCGCGGCUGUCCGGCGACGCGGGGGGUUCCGUCGGCGGCGGCGCGCCCUCGGGCGGGAGCCAGGGCGACGGCGGCGCCGGCGCCGGCGGCGGGAUCUCCUCGGCGCCUCGCCGCGCCACGCCGGCGAAUUCCGUCGACGGGGGACUCUCCUUUUCCGGAGUCUCCGGCGACGCGUCCGGCGACGAGGGCGGCGGGGGAUCGACCGCCGGCGAACUCGCCGCGGAGACGUCCGGGCCGGGCGUGACGUCGUCGGGCGAGGGCGAGUACCCGGGCGGGGCGGGCGACGAGGGUACCCGCGCACGCGACGCCGACAACCGCGGGCGCCGCUCGUCCUUCGGCGGUAAUUUGUCGGGGGCGGAGCGCGGGGGCGGAUCCUUCUCCGGCAUCGUGUCCGGGGUGGCCGGAGGCGGGGCGUCGUCGGGCGGGUACGGCGGGACGGUGUCGUCGCACCGGCCGGGUCAUCGCGAGUUCAGGGGCGGUUCCGGCGGGGUGUACCGGGGCGGCGGCCACGGGAGCCACUCGUCAUCCGCUCGGCGCCACAAGUCGGUUCGCUUCGCCACCACCAUCGACGACGGCGGCCAGAGGACGGGCUCGCGCGGCCGGUACUCGCCGCCGCCGUCGCCGCCGAGGAGCGUGGGAAGGGGCGUGGGAAGGGAGGCGAGGGAGGACACGCCGCCGGGGUCGGCGGCGAGGGGCGCGAGGGAAGACACGCCGCCGGUCCCGGCCGAUCCGACCGAUGCCGUCGACGUGGCGCUCGAGCCGCCGCCAACCGAUCCUCCGGAAGAGCCCCCGAAGCCGCCCGAUACGGACGCGAUGGAGGUGGUGGCGACGGUGCUCGGCAAGAGGAACGCCCCCGACGCCGACGGGGACGGGGACGGGGACGGGGACGGGGACGAGUGA